AUGGACGCUGGCCUGUAUCUUGAAAUGGACGUCUGUGGCGUGACGGCGAAGUUAUUGGUUGACACAGGUGCAACAGUCAGCCUAAUAUCUACUGAACUGAUGAGUAGAAUUCCAGAAGAGAACCGACCUAGGCUUGAUUCAUUCAGUCGUGAUAUACUGGACGCUGGUGGCAACUGUCUCCAGAUAAGCGGUAAGGGAACCUUUCCAACACAGAUGAGAGGGUUUUCUUGCAAACUUGAGGGUGUGGUUGCAGAACUGAGCAAUGAUGGACUCAUAGGCCUUGAUUUUCUGGAAGAAAAUGGAUGCACAAUUGAUGUGGCCAAGAAGAAAAUGUGCAUUCAGGGAAGACGAUACAACCUUAUAAAAGAAGGAAGUUAUGGGUGUUACCGCAUCGUAGCGCUGAACACUGUCCCAAUUCCAGCAAAUCAAGAGGUUAUAAUAAAUGGCAGAGUGUGUGCGCCAGAGGCCAAAAGCAUUACGAAGAUGCAUGGUUUGGUGGAACCAAAUGAAAAGUUCGUGUCGACAGGUACUCCAGUCGGGAGGACCUUAGUUAAAGCAGACAGAGUUGCGCUGAACAUGGGACCAGAAAGUAAAACCAUUAACAGUGGCACUCAUAUUGGGAAAAUGUCAUCCGUCUGCGGAGUACAGAGAGAGAGAAAGGCAAAGAGUAACUCUGUGUUACAAGAAAAAUCUGAAGUCUUAUUAAGGCGCAGUAGUACCGACCUGACAGAAGAUCAGAUACCUAAAGUGAGAGGCUUUUUGCGACAGUACCCCCAUGCGUUUGCACUCAGUACCUCUGAGUUAGGUUCGACCAACGCAGUUGAGCAUGGACUUGAUGUUGGCAAUGCUCAUCCCAUAAAGGAACCUUUGCGUCGUGUCCCUUUCCAUGCUGCCGAGGAAAUAGACAAUCAUGUAAAUGAUAUGCUGGAAGAAGGGGUCAUAGAGCGCUCCUCUAUCCCCUGGGCAGCAGGUGUUGGCUCAGUCCAGAAGAAGGAUGGCAGUACUCACUUCUGUAUGGACUAA